UGGAAGUAGAAGGUGAAGAGUUGAAGAAAAGGAAGCAGGUUGGCGAAGAUACAGUGCACGUCUCUUCGUCACCUGGGGAUUUUUGGCGAUCUCGCAACGGACCUCGCAAGUUUUUCGACCGUUAUAGCCUACCUAAAGUCUGUCGGCCAAUUGCAGGUUUAUUAUUGCAAUCAGGUUGCUUGAAAGGAACUAGAGAAAGUAUAGAUAACUAGAAAAAAAAUUAGGAAGCCUUGAUUCUCUCUAAAUCGCGUAGUCAGAGGGCUGAACUCAGUAAGGCAAAGACAAAAUGUGUACAGUUACUCAAUAUACAGGGUGCAGUAGUAAGGCUAAGGCUCAGUGGUUGAGAGAUGCUCAGAAGUAUUAUAGGAAAAAGAAGAAAACUCUGUAUUCCAAAGAUUCAGGAUGAGGAGGGGCAAUGCAGAGAAGGGGGAGAGGAAGUUGCAAAGGCUGCAAUUGAUUACUUGUAGAGAACUUCUAAUAUUGACUCAAAAUCUGGAAACCUGACUUGCAUCGAGUAUAUACAAGCCAGAGAAUCUGAUGAAGAUAAUGCUAUGCUCAUGGCAAAACCAACUAAGGAGGAACCAAAAGCUAGUGAGAUUGAUAUUGAUCCAACAAGUGCAGCAGGACCAGAUGGGUUAAAUGCUUUGUUCUAUCAGAAGUGUUGGCCAUACAUAGUGCUGUGACUGCUUUCUUCUCGGGUGCCAACAUUCCUAGGUUCUUACAUACAUAUCUUGUACGUUGCCAAAGGUUGGUUAUAUUGCCCUCCAUAUGGUGAUAAUAUAGGUCUUAUUAUCCCGUCAAAAGUGCCUCUAAGUGAGUCAUUCAACAAGAACAUCCCUCCUGGAGAAAGUUACACCCCAAAAGAAGUAAUCGACCAGCAAAGAAGUUUAGGGAGAGAACACGUGAUGUGUGGGUUAGGAGCAUAUCACAAGUUCAAACCCUUCCACUGGCAAAAGCAUGUUAUUUAAGUGGAUAAGUGUAGAGGCAUGCCUAUUAUCCACUGUUUUUAUGAACUGUGUGCCACUGAUAGGACUGGUGGUUGAUUUGACAAACACUGACCGUUACUACCCAGAAUCAGAUUGGACUAGUCACGGUAUUAGACAUGUUAAGUUUUUAUGCUAUGUGUUUAUCCAGAUUCGGUGCCCGGGACAGGACUCUGUACCUGAUGCUGAGUCCGUAGAUAGAUUUAUUUCUGAGGUUGUGCAAUUGACAUCUCAAGAAUCUCAAGCAAGUAAGUAUGUUGUUGUCCACUGCACUCAUGGUCACAACCGAACAGGCUAUAUGAUUGUACAUUUUCUUGUACGUAAUCAGUCAGUUAGUGUUAGUGAGGCACUAGCAACGUUUGCCCAAGCACGCCCUCCUGGAAUUUAUAGACAGAUGUAUGUUGAAGCGUUGUAUGACUUCUAUUUUCAAUCAAAGCCUGAGCUUCUUGUUUGUCCCGAAACUCCCGAAUGGAAGAGGGACUCUGAUCAAGAUAAUGAAGUUGUUGCUCCUUCUGGGAAUCUUUCAACAACAGGUGCUGUGUCAGAUGCAGAUUUUAGGGGUGAAUGUAUCCCAUUCGCUGAGGUUCAGAGAAUGAGGAACUUCUGCUAUCUAGUGCUUAAUUUGCAUGUACAGGCGACGAGAAAUACCCAAAUUCCAGGAUCACACCCGGUCUCUCUCAACAGGGGCAAAUUGCAUCUUCUUAGUCAGCAACUCUACCAUGUCACUUGGAGUGCUGGGGUGCCACGAUGCAUGAUGCUAAUAGACAAGGAGGAUUGUUAUUUGAUUGAUCCACAGUUCUAUUUCAGGAAGGUCCAGUUGCGAUUUCCUCGCAAACAUAUCUAUGAGGGUAGAGCUGACAUUACUCAUUGCUGCACGUUACUUGAUGGUGAAUUGAUUACUGAGACUGAGACUGAGACACAAGUGAAGAGGACUAUUUACCUCAUCUAUGAUAUGAUGGCAUUUAAUGAAUCCUCUGUUACAGAGCUACCUUUCCAUCAUAGAUUAAGGCUAAUUGAAGAAGAGGUGAUCCGUCCCCGAAACUUUGAACGUGAUUUUUUGUCCACGUGCAUAAAUCCGUACCACCACUAUGGCCUGGAGCAAUUUGAAGUGAGGAGGAAGGAUUUCUAUUUGCUAUCUGCAGCUUCUACGCUCAUAAAAGAUAUAACGCCUAGUCGUCCACAUUCAGCUGAUGGGCUUAUAUUUCAGGCCUGGAAUGCAACUUAUGAGCCCCGGGAUCAUGAUGGGCGUUUGAAAUGGAAAUAUCCUGGAACAAAUACUGUUGAUUUUCUAUUUGAGGUGGGAGUUGAUGGUAGUAGUUUGCUUUAUCUGCAAGAACACGGAAACAAGAAACUAAUUGAGGGUUGCAGAGUGAUGUUUAAAGAUGCAACUGAUUUAUUGUUGUACUCGGGUAGAAUAAUUGAGUGUUCCUGGAACUCUCAUGAAGAUGCUUGGAGUUUUGUGCAGAUCCAAACAGACAAAUCAAACCCAGAUGAUAUCAGUGUCUACGAGGAGGCAAAGCGCAACAUAGAGGGCAUUCUUACAGAGGAUACCUUGUUGGAUGAGAUAGAUAAAGUCGCAGGUUUACCUGUAUACUCUGACUGGGCAAAUCGUCACAGUGGAACUUUUAGAAAUGUCUGGAAAAGGCAGUAAGGGAUUUGCUGCUGUUUGUUCCCCAAUACAUCUUCUCUUUUUCACCAUUGAGGGUUGAGUUGAGAGACGGAGGAGGAGGUUUUAGUCUAGUUAAAAAUGAUUGCAGGUUCUUUGUAGUCGUCAUUCAUCAUUCAGGCUUAUUUUUCUUCUCAAAUUCUGAUUUGCCAAAGUUGAAAGAGUGACAAUAUAGGGAUUUUGUCUCUCCCCGCAUCGAGGGAUUGAGUUGAGAGGCAGAUGGUUAUAGUCUAAUUAAAAAUGACUGCAGGUUCUUUGCAGUCGACAUUCAUCAUUCAGGGGUGCAAGUAUUGGGCAUUAAAUUUUUGUUUGCUCAGUCCAUCAGAACUAUGGGAAUGUCAAGGCAAUAUCAAAUAUGAGAUCUAGGUGGUGAUUGGAAAAUUUUCUAGGAAAGGUAAACGCGAAAUAGUAAUAUUUUCUUUUAAAUUUAUUGUUCAAAGUAGAGGCUUGUUGUAAUUUCGUGUAUCUACUGUAAGAUGUGGUUAAGGACAUAUGUAGGAGCUGAUAUCUUAAAUUGAAAUAUUAACUCUUGCUGUUUUCUAUCCUCACAAUUUGGUAGUUUAGCUUAAUCCAGGUGCUAUUGAUAGCAAAACAGCAUAUGCUUUUAUUUCUUGUGAAAUAGAGGAAUGACCAAUCCUGAUAA